CAACCUAAUUCCAUGCCCAUUCUUCAACCAUGGAGACUGCGGAACCACCAAGAUGUGCCAUCCCUCACUGGUCAAUGGGUUCCCACUGUGAAGUCAGCCGUUUGGCCCUGCUCGGAGAUAUGGCUUGGUUGAUGAUAUCUGGGGUUUGUAAGUAGUGGCUAAUUCCAAUGAAACGGCGUAUAUAAAGCCAGCGACCCCAAGUCUCGAAGGUGUCUUAAGUCUUUCAACUUCAUCUCUACAACGCUCUACAACCUUAAUUAGUACAGGACUUCCAACAGCUUGGGAAAAAAACACUUUUUGUUACAACCUCUUUGCAUCAUCGCCAUCAUGUCGAGUCUUUUCACUCCUGCGCCCGAGCCAGCCACAGAGCUCGGUCGCUACCGCAUCCUUUCCUCCUCUGCGGGUCUCCGUGUGUCGCCUCUUCAGUUGGGUGCCAUGUCCAUUGGAGAUGCCUGGGCCGAGAUCAUGGGCUCCAUGGACAAGGAAGCCUCCUUCAAACUCCUCGAUGCCUUCGUGGAGGCCGGCGGAAACUUUAUCGACAGUGCCAACAACUAUCAAAACGAGCAAUCCGAGGCCUGGCUGGGAGAAUGGAUGACGUCCCGGAAGAACCGCGACCAAAUGGUGAUUGCAACCAAGUUUACCACCGACUACAAGAGCUACGCCCUCGGCAAGGGCCGCGCUCCCAACCACUGCGGUAACCACCGUCGCAGUUUGCACAUGAGUGUGCGCGACUCUUUGCGGAAGCUGCAAACCGACUGGAUCGAUAUCCUCUACCUUCACUGGUGGGAUCACACAACCUCUAUCGAAGAGAUCAUGGACAGUCUUCACAUGUUGGUGGAGCAAGGAAAAGUCCUCUACCUGGGAAUCUCCGAUUCCCCCGCGUGGGUUGUGAGCGCGGCCAACACCUACGCUAGAGACCACGGCAAGACGCCUUUCAGCAUCUACCAGGGACGCUGGAAUGUGAUGCUGCGUGAUUUCGAGAGAGAAAUCAUCCCCAUGGCGCGACACUUCGGCAUGGCUUUGGCUCCUUGGGAUGUCCUCGGAAGCGGCAAGUUCCAGACCAAGAAGGCCAUCGAGGAGCGGAAGCAGAAGGGCGAAGGCCUGCGAAGCAUGAUGGGUAAUGGUCAGCAGACCGAAGAUGAAAUCAGAAUGAGUGAAGCGUUGGCGAAGGUGGCCUCCGAGCAUGGUAUUGAAUCCGUGACAGCCAUCGCGCUGGCCUAUGUCAUGGCCAAGGCGCCUAACGUGUUCCCUUUGGUCGGUGGCAGAAAGAUCGAGCACCUCAAGGAUAACAUCCAGGCGCUGAAGAUCAAGUUGACACCGGAGCAAGUCGAAUAUCUCGAGAGCGUCCGACCUUUCGAGGUGGGCUUCCCGAACAACUUCAUUGGACCCGACCCUAAGGUAACAGGCCACGCGACUGGAUUGUUGGCGUCGAAUGCGCCCUUUGCCUUUUGAGUGUUGAGGGAGAGUGAGAGGCUGAAAGUCCAUCGGUCGCGCAAAGAAACCCUCUUGUUCCACUCAUAUUCCACAUUUUGUACAUAAU